AGAUAAUAGAUUACCCAGCCGAGCUGAGAAACCACAUUUACGCCAUAUGUAUCGCAGACGAUGCCGCAGCAUACACUGCAGAAUCUAAGUCCCGAAACUAGAGCUACGCCAAGCCAUGGGUGAGAUCAGGAUUAGAAAGAGAGCGUUCCAAAAGCCAGGCAAGAGCACUGCAAAAAUGCGGACUACCCGAGGUCGAGCAAAUGUACCUCGACGCCGCUGUCGAGAACAUGUACGCGGACCAUCAUCUAUUGCACGCAUGUUCUGAUUCCGAAGAACGCGUUGACCAGUAUCGCUACCCCGUGGAUGAUGAUGCAUCCUUCAACCACGAUCAAUCCAAUAGCAUCCUAGUGAAAGCUAGCGGUAGUCUUCACCGCCGGCCACCGUCUAUCUUGGUUGUGUGUCGACAGGUUUUCCAAGAGACUCAUAGCCUCAUGUAUGCCCCAUCGACCAAGUUGGAACUGCAAACAAAGAAAGAUAGCCCCAUACCGGCCUUUCGCGUUCUGGCCAUGUUGAUUCGCAAUGGUAUCGUUGUCAACGGAAGCUUAAUCAGGGUCAAGCUCGAACCUGGUGAGAUUGUUCACACCGCAGUGAAACGCUUGAUCAUCUGGCAGAUCUGUCCCUUAUCUGCACGUAUAAGUUUAAUGCCUCAGCGAGGGAACGCAGGCCCUGUUCAUCAUCGAUCAAUACCUAUGGUAUUUGGCUGCGGUCAUGCAUCGCGAGCAGAAUGUCCGUCAGAAUGUGCUUCCACCUGCGAUUCCCAGACCUGCGAUUGCCGGCAAACUAACACAUCGAACAAUUUACCCAGAUUUGCACAGCUCUGAGCUCUUUUAGCUAAAAAGAAAAAUAGACCCACCC